AUGGAGGCCAAUAAUUUUAUAGAACAUCAAUAUCGUAGGAAGUUGGAUUUUGACAACGGAGAGAAUGAUAUACUUUUUGACACCAUAAGAACAGAGGUAGAUGAGAACGAAGAUAAUCAAGCUAAAUUUGAUAGUAAUGAAUAUAUUACUUCCAUUCAUUCUAAAAUUCCUGUCGAAACAAUACCAAAAAUUGAUAUGGAGUUUGAAACAAAAGAAGAAGCUUAUAACUUUUAUAAUGCUUAUGCUUACAAAGUAGGUUUUAGUAUUCGGAGAAGUAAAGGACACAAAGGUAGUGAUGGGAAGAUGAUAAAUAGAACAUUUUGUUGCUCUUGUGAAGGUCGUCGUGAAGUAGAUAAUCGACGCAUUAUCGUUAAACACCAUCGUGCUGAAACAAGGUUUCAUUGCCUUACAAUAAUGAAGGUAAAUUGUCAUCAAACUGGUAAAUAUCGCGUUGUUGAUUUUAUUGCUUCACAUACGCAUGUGACAUCUACCCCUAGCAAGAGUCACUUACAUAGGUCUCAAAGAAGAUUGACUGCGGCCCAAGAAGCUGAAAUUGAUUUAGUGGACAACUCAGGAAUUGCUCCAAAAGAUGGUUGUGAAUUAAUGACUAGGAGAGCAGGUGGUCGUGAAAGUCUCGAAUUCACUCACGAUGAUUAUCGAAAUUAUUUACGGACUAAACGAACUACUAAAGUUAAGUUAGAUGAGACGGGUGGCAUUCUUGAGUAUCUUCAACGGAUGCAAUUAGAAGAUCCUUCGUUCUUUUAUGCUCUACAAUUAGACAAUGAAGGAUUAAUCACUAAUAUCUUUUGGAGAGAUGCACAAAUGAAAGUAGCAUACUCUCAUUUUGGUGAUGUUAUUUACUUUGACACAACUUAUCAAAAAAAUCAAGAAAGUCGACCUUUUGCUAUGUUUGUAGGGGUUAACCAUCAUAAACAAACUAUUCUUUUUGGGGCUGCCCUAUUAUAUGAUGAGACAGCUGAAACAUUUAUAUGGCUAUUCGACACUUUUGUUCGAGGAAUGGUAGGAAAAAAGCCAAUGAUAAUUCUUACUGAUCAAGAUGCAGCAAUGGCAAAAGCAUUAUCUUUCCAAUGGCCACAGACAUCUCAUCGUCCAUGUAUUUGGCACUUAUAUCAAAAUGCUGCAAAGCAUCUCAGUGUUGUUUUUGAGCGCUUUCGAGAAUUUUCUAAAGAUUUUAGUCGGUGUAUAUAUGAUUAUGAAGAAGAGAAAGAAUUUUUGCAAGCUUGGCAUGAGAUGCUUGAGAAGUAUAAUCUUCAAAGUAACAAUUGGUUGAAGAGAAUGUUUAGUUUAAAGGAAAAGUGGGCCUUGGUCUAUGGUAGAGACAUGUUUUGUGCAGAUAUGAUGACAACUCAGCGUAAUGAAAGCAUGAAUAGCUCUAUAAAGGGUUAUGUUAGCUACAAACAUAAUUUAUCAAAAAAAUUUCAUCAUUUCCAAAGGUUGUUUGAGCAUCAACGUUAUGAGAAGUUGAAGGCUGAUUUCAAAGCAACUCAAAGUAAUAUUUCGUUACCACUUAAUAUUGCAAUUUUAAAACAUGCUGCAAAUGUAUAUACCCGCAAGUGUUCAAAGCAUUUGAAAUUGAAUUAG